AUGUUUGGCACAAAGAAUCGAACACUUCGAGGGCUGUCACUUUUCUUACUGCUGAUGAUUAUAACUGCCGAAUUCUUUCUGCUGUAUUUGGUAAUCGAAGAGGGGAAUGAGGCUCGGAAAACCGCUGUUCGACAUUUCAAAAGCGAUCUAUUAGUGCACGGGAAGGAUACCAAAUUGACAGAUGCAAUUGAUAGUAUACAAAUGACGGGUAAUUGCUGCGGGUCUUCAGGAUUUGAUGAUUAUUUGAAGAAUGUUGAAGAGGAAGAUGACGAAUAUGAAGCGCAGACCCGAAUGAAAGUUCAAUACGUUCCGGAUUCAUGCUGCAAAUCAAUUAAAGCGGGAUGUGGAAUCAAUGAUCACCCCAGCAAUAUAUAUUAUAGGGGAUGUGAACAGUACCUGAUCCGUACCGUGGACCGCUACUACUUUGUCCUCUUUGCGCUUUGCCUGCUCGCAAUCCCAAUUCAUACGUUUCUCCUGUUGCUCAUCUCCUGCAUUUGCUGCCGCUCAAAGAAAAAGCGCCACUACACACCCGUACGCACCAAAGCCACCAAGACCGUCGGGCCCGACUUUGAAAUGUCGUUUUUUGAU